AUGGUUCAGUAUAUUCAUACACCUUGGAGAGAUCGUAGGGAGUUAUUAAAAGUUCGUCGGCAAUUUUACCCUUCGCCGUCAACCACCGCCACAGCCACAUCAGGCAGCUUAGUCGAUCUCCAGGACAACCAAGAUGACGAGGAUGAGGACGAGGACGACGAUGAGAUAAAAGUCAAAGAGGAGGCCGCAAAGCAACAUGCCGUGUCGCGUGUCUCGAUGUGGAUGCAGCGCGGCGGCUGUCCCCACUUGAUCGAGUCAACAGCUCUCCUGAUGGCCGCUAUCCUCAGCGACAUCCAUGAGACGAGGACUAGGGCCAACUCUUCUUCGUAUGCUAUUAGGGCAGCUUACUCGGCUGCCUUUAGUCGUUUUGUGACCGGGCUUCUGGAUAGCCAGCAGGACAAACAGCGUAAGGUGAGCAUGUACUCGAUAGCCAAAACUAUCGGUUUGCCAGCGACAUUUGUGGAGCUGCGGCACCAGGCCACGCACGAACAGCUGCCCUCGCUGUCCAAGCUCAGGACCGCGGCUAAGAAGGCGCUCGCGUGGAUAUGGGAUUUCUACUGGAAGAACCUCCCAGGCGAGGACAUCCCCGGCGCUAAUAGCGAUGCACCAAACCCCUGCCAAGCUCUAUUGCUGCGGUAUCUAGGCGAAGAGUCGACCGCAGAGGCCAAGGGGUUGUACAAGCAGCUGAAGCAGUGGGAUGAGGCCACGCUGCUGCAAAAUCUAGCAGAAAUCGGAGAUUCAUCCGAGGACCUUAAACUCAUAUCCGGAUCCCUGCGGUUAUCUGAGGCGAUACUGGAUGGUAAUUUAUCGGCCUCGUUAGUCAUGGGAAGUGACACAGAUGCCGCCGCACCCGCACUGAAGAGUCUAGACGCUGCUAGAGCUGAUGUGAGGGUGUUGGAUGCUGAGCUCGACGCUAUGGAUGUCACCGGCCCCUCGCGUGAAGUCACGGAGAAGCCAAGUCGAGAGCAGCCGAGUCAAGUAAAGGGGUGGUCCAGGUAUGAAGGGACGGGCACAAGCGACAACUACGCCUACCUGCUCGUCGACGACAAGACGAAAGACGCCGUCAUCAUUGACCCCGCGCAUCCCGAGGAGGUCACGCCUGUCCUGAAGCAGGCUAUUAAAGAUGGCAAGAUCAACCUCACGGCUAUCGUGAAUACGCACCACCAUUGGGACCAUGCGGGUGGUAAUGAUCAGCUCCGCACCGACCUAGGCACGCCAACCCUCCCCAUCAUCGGGGGCAAGGACUGCCAGAGCGCGACGCAGACGCCCGCGAACGGCGAGGGGUUCCGCGUCGGCGGCCUCGCCGUCAAGGGCCUCUACACGCCGUGCCACACGCAGGACAGCAUCUGCUGGUUCGUGCAGGACGGCGAGGACAAGGCUGUGUUUACGGGGGAUACGCUGUUCCAUGGCGGCUGUGGAAGGUUCUUCGAGGGCUCGGCGGAGGAGAUGCACACGGCGCUGAACAAGACGCUGGCCUCCCUCCCGGACGAUACCAAGGUCUACCCCGGCCACGAAUACACCAAAGCCAACGUCAAGUUCGGCGUCUCGGUCCUGCAGAGCGAAGCCGUCAAGAAGCUGCAGGCCUUCGCGGAGAACAACAGGGAGACGCAGGGGAAGUUCACCAUUGGAGACGAGAAGGACCCCGAGAUCCAAAAGGCUACUGGCAAGACGGAACCCGUGGAGGUGAUGGCUCAGCUGCGAACCAUGAAGAACAACUUCAAACCACCACCUGGUAGCAAAAUGUAG